AUGUUCACGAAGAACCAGAUCAUCGCCCUUGCCACCGUCGCCGCCGCUUCUCUGUCCGUCAGUGCUGCGCCGACCUACGGCUAUGAGUCUUCCAGCCUCGAGGCUCGUGGUUUCGGCAACAAGGGCUUCGUCAAACCCACCGCGGGUAACAACCGGGCGAGCAAAGUCAAACAAUCCCACCAGAUCGCUGCUGUCGAGGCCAACCGCGCCAAGGAACCGAACCACCCCGCCAACGCCCCCGGAAACAAGGCGACGGUCCAUGACGGCUUCCACAAGAACGGCCCAGGAGCCACCCACGCUACGGUGAAGUAUUCCAACUCGAAUGGCGACCACGUCACCACUCUGCACAUCGGGAAAGACGGUAGCAGAGUCUCUGGGAACCAGGGUAGCCCGAAACACGCCGCUGGCACCUCUGCACCGCCCAACUCUCCGGCCAGACGAAGCUUGGAGGUUCGUGCUUUCGGAAACAAGAAAUUCGUGACCCCUACCGCAGGGAGCAGCCGCGCGAGCAAGGUCAAACAAUCCCACCAGAUCGCUGCUGUCGAGGCCAACCGCGCCAAAGAGCCGAACCACCCGGCUAACGCAUCCGGAAACAAGGCGACGGUCCACGAUGGCUUCCACAAGAACGGCGCGGGAGCCACCCAUGCCACGGUGAAGUAUUCGAAGGCGAACGGCGAUCAUGUCACCACCCUCCAUAUCGCGAAGGAUGGUUCAAGGGUUUCUGGGGACCAGGGAAGCCCUAAGCAUGCAGCGGGGACGUCGGCGCCGCCGAGCACACCCAAGCGCGAGUACGACGAGUUUUUGGAGCUUGUUGCUCGGGCGUUGGACUUCUAUGAUGACCUUGAUUAG